GCAGUACAAAAAAUAUGGCGGCCCUCAGAAACUGAUUUUUACAUUUUUGUUUCUUUUGACUUCAUCUCUUGCUUGAAAGAUCAGGAACAUCGUCGUAAGGUUCAACCACAGGAAAUAAUUGUGAAGAUCAAACCUGAACCAUGGAGGCUGGAGGAGGAAGUGACAUCAGGGAUAUCUUAGAUAUCAAUAAUGAACCAACUCCCAUGACAAAAGAAAACUUACUUAGAUCAAAGAAACCACUGAAGAAGGCUGAUGGAAUACAGUUCAAGAGACCUGAGGGGAUGCACAGAGAACUGUGGGGACUUAUAUGGACAGAUAACAAAGAUGCGCCACCUAUCAUACCAACAGACACUAAUCAGGGCUAUAAACAGAUGAAGGCAAAGAUUGGCAGAAGCAGGGUUAGACCUUGGAAGUGGAUGUCCUUCACAGUACCAUCGAGAAAGGAUGGUGCCAUAUUUCACCACUGGAGGAGAAUAGCAGAUGAAGGCAAAGAUUAUCCAUUCGCAAGAUUUAAUAAGAGUGUUGAUGUGCCAACCUAUUCAGAUGCAGAAUAUCAACAACAUCUCCAUGAUGACAGCUGGUCCAGAGCUGAGACAGACCACCUCUUUGAAAUGGCUAAACGGUUUGAUCUGAGAUUUAUUGUGAUGUAUGAUCGCUGGAACAAAGACAAGUUCCCAAACAGAAGUGUUGAAGACCUGAAAGAAAGAUAUUAUCAUAUACAGAACACUCUUGUAAAGGCUCGAGCUCCUGUUGGAACAGACCCAAAAGUUAGAGUUUAUGAUGGGGACCAUGAGAGACGUAGAAAAGAUCAACUCAACAAAUUAUUUAUAAGAACAACAGAACAGGUGGAGGAAGAACAGAUGUUGGUUGCAGAACUGAAGAAAAUAGAACUAAGGAAAAAAGAGCGAGAAAAGAAAACACAAGAUUUACAGAAACUCAUUACAGCAGCAGAUACAAACGCAGAGUCUCGUAGAAUUGAAAGGAAAACUACGAAGAAGAAAAUUCUUCCCCAGACUAAGAAUCUUAUAGGAAAUAUAAAUCCUGAUACAACUGGAAUAAAAUUCCCUGAUUUUAAAACUUCUGGGGUCACACUUAGAAGCCAGAGGAUGAAACUUCCAGGGUCAGUUGGCCAGAAGAAAACUAAAGCCAUUGAACAGGUGCUUGAGGAAAUAGGUUUAGAAUUUAAUCCUAUCCCAACUGAGGAGAUAGUGACAAGCUUCAAUGAACUGAGGCAGGACAUUGUGCUUCUCUAUGAGCUGAAACUGGCCCUAGCUAACUGUGAAUAUGAGUUGCAAACUCUGAGACACCAGUUUGAGACAUUAGCUCCAGGAAAGUUGGAAUCUCUAAAUUUGGGCAGUAUCCUGAUUCCGUCAACCAUAGGGGCGUCGAGUAUAACAACCACACCUGAGAAACAGGAGAGCCAGGGUGAAGAUGUUCCUAUAAAAACUGAGAAGAAAUUCUCAGAGACAAUUGAUGUUGUCAGCACCCCAACCACACCAAAUAAAAAGAGAAGAGCAGCCUUAGAGCAGAGUAAUAUUCUAAAGAAGAUAAAGGGAAUCAAGUCAUAACAACAAGCUAGAUACACCAUUAAAAUAUUCCAUCCUGUGACUGGGCACUUUGUGUAACUCUGGUUGACAAAGCAGAAUAGACCAUUAAGACAGAGGUUCCAUCAAUGCUGGUUGUUUAUUGAUGAAACAGUGAAUUAUCAUAUUUUGAUAAACAUUAAAGGUUUUGAUCAUAGGAGUAGCAGUGUAAAAUCCAUAUUUCUUAGUCAUUGAUUGUAUGUGUCCUAGUUUCAGUGUAAACAAAAUAGUAUCAACUGAUAGAAUAGAGACAUAAUGAAAUCUAUAUUUAUAUUUAUGUUUUAUGAAAAAAGAAAGUUAUUGUACUGAUAAUUCUGUUUAUUUCCUAAUUUUUAGUUCACAUUGGUGAGCUAUUGUAAUCACUCACUUGUUAAUUACCCUUGGACUAAAACGUGUAAUUUCAACACAUUGUUUCUGCUUAAAGUGUUCCACUAACAUUGAGUUCAAUUAACAUUAAAUCAAAGGGUCAGGGGACUAUGCUUUUGUGCCUGUAUACAUCAUUCAAUGGGGUAUGAUGCAAGAAAAACAGCAAAGAAUAUUCUG